UAUAGUCGCUGUUUUCAACAAGGAUCAUGACAGCUAAACCCUAGAUUUUACUUCACCCACUUGAGGUAAAAAAAUAUCAAGCAAACGACGACCCAAGCUUUUAUUGCGAGUAGGCCAGAAGACAUUGGAUCUUCUCUCUUAAGGGAUACGCAAAAAAAAAAAAACCCCAUCUCUUUCUCUUUCUUUCUUCUACCUUCCCUGUCUCAACUCCUCUUAUCUCUCUUCUCUUCUAUAAGCUCCACUGAGCUCUGUUUAAGUUUAAGUUUUUUUUAUUUUUUUUUUUUACCGUUUAGAUCGUUUCGGGUUUUCUAUAUAUUUACCAGACUUUAAUCUUUGGAGUGUUCUGGAAACAAAAUGGCAUCUUCUAUAUUCCAAUCUGGGGUUUGUCCUAUCUCUUCGUGUCCCUCUAUUGGGAACUUCAUCGACCAGAUAAAAGACACAUGUCGUUUCCUCGUCUCUGCUGUUCUUGGCACAGUUCUCUCGGCGAUCUUGACCUUCUUCUUCGCAUUAGUGGGCACAUUGCUUGGAGCACUUACUGGAGCUUUGAUAGGCCAAGAAACAGAGAGUGGCUUCAUCCGAGGAGCAGCGGUUGGAGCCAUCUCAGGAGCUGUUUUCUCUAUCGAAGUCUUCGAAUCAUCUCUUGUUCUCUGGAAAUCUAAUGAGUCACGUUUUGGAUGCCUUCUCUACUUGAUUGAUGUCAUUGCUAGUCUUAUAAGUGGAAGACUUGUGCGAGAACGCAUAGGUCCAGCAAUGCUAAGCGCGGUUCAAAGUCAGAUGGGAGCUGUGGAUACAACUUUCGAAGAGCUCUCGAGCAUCUUUGAUACGGGUGGCUCAAAAGGAUUAGCAGGAGACUUGGUUAAUAAAAUACCUAAAAUCAAAAUCACUGGCACAAACUACUUAGAUGCUUGUGGAAACAAAGACUCGUGUUCUGUUUGUCUCCAGGUUUUUAGCUCAUUUUCAGCUCAAAUAAAACCGCAAAUUCCGAACAAAAAGUGUUUUGAUUCUCUAUCUUCUUGUUUUGUGUGUAUCUUUUUGCAGGAUUUUCAACUUGGUGAAACCGUAAGAAGCCUGCCACAUUGUCAUCACAUGUUUCAUUUGCCUUGCAUAGACAAUUGGCUACUGAGGCACGGAUCUUGUCCAAUGUGUAGACGUGAUCUGUAAUCUCCCUUCUUACCAUCUGCACAGACUCUCUCUUCUACUUCUUCUUGUAUGGUUGUAAUAUUGUGGUUAGUUUCAUCAUCAAUAUGUACAAAGAAAUGGAAAAAAAAAAUAAACAAAAGUUUUGUAUUAUAGACUA